UUAGAAGAUCAUCAAGAGCAAAGGGAAGUAAAGAAGGAGAGCUUGAAAAUGGUUGCCGCUUUGUCUAGAUGGCCAUGGGAAAACUUGGGCAAUUUCAAGUAUCUGUUAUAUGGUCCUCUUCUAACAAAAUUCUUCCUUUCAAGACUGUGGGAGGAGGAAACCCAAAAGGAUAAUUGGUGUUUUCAUAUUCUCAUCAUCUGUUGUCUUAGAGGUUUCAUUUAUCAGUUAUGGAGCUCUUACAAUGGCAUGCUUUUCCGUACUCAACAUCGUCGAAUUCAUCAAAGUGAUUGCGAUUUUAAGCAAAUUGACAGGGAAUGGAACUGGGAUAAUUUCAUAAUUCUUCAUGCUUUCCUUGCAUCUCUUGCUUGUUACUGCUUUCCAUUCUUAUCCAAUCUUCCUGUUUGGAACACAAAAGGGUUCAUCUAUGCUUUGAUACUUCACAUAUGUAUCUCAGAGCCUCUAUACUAUGUUAUACAUAGAUGCUUCCAUACUGAUUCUCUAUUUACCAAUUAUCAUUCAUUUCACCAUGGUUCUCCAAUACCUCACCCUUUCACAGCUGGCAAUUCAACUCUUCUAGAACAUUUGAUAUUGAGUGUAAUUAUAGGGGUACCUAUACUUGGAGCUUCCAUGACUGGAUAUGGAUCAAAGGGUUUGAUCUAUGGCUAUAUAUUGAUGUUUGAUUUCUUCAGAUGCUUGGGACAUAGCAGUGUAGAAGUAGUUCCACAUGUGAUCUAUGAGACUUUUCCAUUUCUCAAGUAUCUUCUUUAUACACCGACAUAUCACAACCUCCACCACUCAGAGAUGACUACCAAUUUCUGCCUCUUUAUGCCUCUCUUUGACGCUUUGGGGAAGACAUUAAACCCGAAAUCAUGGGAGUUGCACAAGAAGAAUAGUUCAGGAAACAAAACGAGAGUACCAGAUUUCAUUUUCCUAGCCCAUGUCGUCGACGUGAUGCAGUCGAUGCACGUACCGUUCGUUUACCGAUCGUUCUCAUCGAUGCCGUAUACGACCAGAUUGUUUCUGUUCCCUUGUUGGCCGUUUGCAUUUGUGGUGAUGAUACUAAUGUGGGCUUCACCCAAGGCCUUCAUGGUGAGUUCAUACAGUCUUAAGGGUCGAUUGCAACACACAUGGACGGUUCCUAGGUAUGGUUUUCAGUAUUUCUUGCCGUUUGGUUUAGAUAGCAUUAAUAAACGAAUAGAAGAAGCCAUCCUCAAGGCCGACCGCUUAGGUGUGAAAGUCAUCAGCCUUGCAGCAUUAAAUAAGAAUGAAGCUCUUAAUGGAGGAGGUACAUUAUUCGUUGAGAAAAACCCAAAUCUCAAAGUACGAGUGGUCCAUGGAAACACUUUGACAGCUGCUGUGAUUCUAAAUGAGAUUAAGGAAGAUAUUAAGGAGGUGUUUCUAAAUGGUGCUACUUCAAAGCUGGGAAGGGCCAUUGCUCUUUAUCUAUGUCGUCGACGAGUUCGUGUAAUGAUGCUGACCCUAUCAACUGAUAGAUUCCAAAAUAUUCAGAAGGAAGCAGAACCUGAGUUCCAAAGCUUCUUAGUGCAAGUAACAAAGCACCAAGCAGCCCAAAACUGUAAGACAUGGAUAGUGGGGAAGUGGUUGACACCAAGAGAACAAAGCUGGGCUCCACGAGGGACUCAUUUCCAUCAAUUUGUGGUCCCAAAUGUGAUCCCAUUCAGAAGAGACUGUAGUUAUGGUGAUCUAGCUGCUAUGAGACUUCCUUCAGAUGUGGAGGGCCUUGGUUCAUGUGAGUACACCAUGGAAAGAGGAGUUGUCCAUGCCUGUCAUGCAGGUGGCUUGGUUCAUCUACUCGAAGGAUGGACUCAUCAUGAAGUCGGAGCCAUUGAUGUGGAGAGGAUCGAUGUAGUGUGGAAAGCUGCAUUAAAACACGGUUUAAGCCCAGUCUAAGCACCAUCGUCAAUCUAGAACCA